AUGUCUGAUGAGUUACACUCCAGAGAAGCAGAGGCAAAAACUAAGCCCUUGAAAGCAGUGGAGAUGCACAAAAAACUUUGGGCUGAAAAGGCUCGUUGCAAUUGGGCAAAACUUGGAGACCCGAACCAUUGCAUAGAUCAUAUGGAGCUGUUGCAGGUGAUUCCUAAUGAGGUGAAUAGGGAGGACUCUUCCAUAUUAGAAGCAAUCCCUGCCAGAGAAGAGAUUAAGAAGGUGUGUUGGGAGAUAGUGGGUGACGAUUUUUGUGGGGCUGUGACUGCUUUUUUCCGCUGUGGGAAGCUUCUGAAUGGAGUAAAUAACAGUUUUGUGACGCUAAUUCCAAAGGUUGAGGGAGCGGUCUCUCUGGAUAAAUUUUGCCCCAUCUGUAUGGAAAAUUUUUUCUGCAAAGUCCUGUCAAAGAUCAUGGCUGAGAGGUUAUCUUGCCUUCUUCCUCGAUUGGUGUCAGAUGAGCAAGAGGCAUUCCAGAAAGGUAAGAUUAUCUCAUCAAAUAUUGGAUUAGCCUCUGAGCUUGCUGAUUUAUUACAUACAUCUGUCAGAGGGGGUGGCAUAGGUAUUAAGAUUGACGUGCAGAAGGCCUAUGACACAUUGUCAUGGGAUUUUCUUUUUGCGGUCUUGAAACGAUUCGGCUUCUCGGAUGUGUGGGGUCUAAAUGGUCUAUUAAAGGAGGGAAAACUGAAGGCGCUCCCUGGUCCUGGAGGUGCCACUGUUCCCAGUCAUCUGCUUUUCGCGGAUGACAUUUUUAUCUUCAUGAACACGGGAGCAAAACAUGUUCAAUGUCUGAGAGAGUUCCUGCUUAAAUACCAAGAAUUUUCUGGCCAAAAAUUCAGCUUGGAGAAGAGCAAGGUUUUUUUUGGCAAAGUCGCCCCUCAUAGGAAGAGGUAUAUUUCUGAUCUGCUAGGUAUCCCAACUUGCUCUCUUCCAACGAGGUAUCUUGGGAUUGAGAUCUUCAAGGGCGCUGUCAAGAAGGAUAGGAUGCUUCCUCUUAUGGAUAAAAUUAAACCUCGAUUACAGGGAUGGCAAGGCAAACUCCUUUCAAUGGCUGGUCGUGCAGAGCUCAUUUGGUCUGUGAUCUCAGGUAUGCCUAUUCAUAAUUUUUCGAUUUAUUGGUGGCCUGAAUCGGUGAUUAAAACAGUGGAGCGCUGGAUUAGGAAUUUCCUAUGGUCAGGGGAUAUUUACACAGUGAAGAAAAUCACUGUGAAAUGA